GCUCACUUUUUUAUCAUAAAAAGAUAAGAUUUUCAGUUAGAUAGAGAGAGAGUUGGAGAGAUAUGAGAAGAAGGAGUGGGCUUUGUUACCCUAGAGUUGUUGAAGACAAGAAUAUGAGAGUUGUGAAGCGAAGGAGGGAUUUCGCCGCCGAACAAGUUGGUUACCGGAAAAGAAGCCGGAAUUCUUCUGAUAUCGCUGGAAAGCGUGACUUGUUCGAUUCCUUGCCGGACGAUCUCGUCAUUUCCAUUCUCCGCAAAGUGAACCCCUCCGAUUCCGCCAACAUUCUCCUCACGUGCAAGAGGUUAAACGGUUUAGUACCGAUUGUUGAUUGGCGGAGCCAAUUAAAGCCUGAUUCUCGUCAAAGAAUCGUCAACAAGAUAACGGAAACUUUGAAGAGGCAUCUCCCUUUUUCUGGCCAAGAGGGAUUACAUGAACUCAGGAAAGUUGCUAUAAGGUUUGAGAAAAAGACUUAUACUGCUGCCACAAGCGUGUCAGAUUAUCUACGAAAAAUAUCUCUGAAAAUGCUUACAAUGGAAACUAAGUCUCAGAAUCCUAUAGGCAAUGCUUAAGAAUUAUGUGCAUGGUUUUAUUUACAUAUUAAUCCACCCUGCUUCUCUCUCUGGUGUUGUGUUUUUGACACCGAAAUCAUUAUUUCACGUAUCUUCAUGGAUUAUAUACACGCACACAUACUUACAUGCAUAUGUAUACAUACAGAAACAUAGAUAUAUGUUUAUAUGUGUAUGUGUGCAAUUUUUUUUU